AUGGGAGACUCUCCAGGAAAUGUCACAGAUGGGGGCAUGGACACACAGACUGAACUAGUGGAGAGGGUGGCAGCCAUAGAUGUGUCUGUUGUCCCAGACAGAAGUGACCAAAAUGGUGAAGACAACCCUGAAGAAAAUGACACGGUCUUUUCUGAUAACAUAAAGGACGUCCAAAGGAAUGGAGUCAGCAGUGAUGUGGGAAUCAAUGAAUUUCUGCCUUCCCAACAGUCAGAAGAUACUCACUUGAGGCAUGUUCCCAAGAGACCUCUAACUAGACCUGGUCUAUCAAGUAGGAAGUUGUCCCUUCAGGAAAGAUCAUCAGGAGGUUAUUUGACUUCUAGCAACACUCCAGGCUGUGGUCCUUAUGCCACAGGGCCAUCACCACGUAUAAUCAGGAGACCAACAAUAGAGUCCCAUCGGGUCUCCAUAUCAGACUCUGAGGACUGUGUGCAAUUAAACCAGUACAAGCUGCAGAGUGAAAUAGGAAAGGGCUCCUAUGGCGUUGUGAAACUGGCCUACAAUGAGAACGAUGACAAGUAUUACGCUAUGAAAGUCCUCUCCAAAAAGAAGCUCUUGAAGCAGUAUGGAUUUCCACGUCGGCCUCCUCCCAGAGGGUCAAAAGCAUCCUCUGGGGAGCAGCCCAAACCCAUGGCACCCCUGGACAGAGUCUAUCAGGAAAUAGCCAUCCUAAAGAAGCUGGACCACAUCAAUAUCGUUAAGCUGAUAGAGGUCCUUGAUGAUCCUGCAGAGGACAACUUGUACAUGGUGUUUGACCUCAUGAGGAAAGGGCCUGUCAUGGAGGUGCCAAGUGAGCAGCCCUUCAGCGAGGAGCAGGCUCGGCUCUACUUCCGAGACAUCGUCCUGGGCAUCGAGUACUUGCACUACCAGAAGAUCAUCCACCGGGACAUCAAACCUUCCAACUUGCUCCUAGGAGAUGAUGGCCACGUCAAAAUUGCUGAUUUUGGUGUCAGCAAUCAGUUUGAAGGGAAUGAUGCCCAGCUUUCCAGCACGGCAGGGACACCAGCCUUCAUGGCACCAGAGGCCAUCUCACAGACUGGCAAAAGCUUCAGUGGGAAGGCACUGGAUGUGUGGGCGAUGGGAAUCACCCUGUACUGCUUUGUUUAUGGGAAGUGCCCUUUUAUAGAUGAAUAUAUUCUGGGUCUUCAUAACAGGAUCAAGACCAAGCCUGUGGAGUUCCCAGAAGAAGCACAGAUAAGUGAUGAGCUCAAGGAACUGAUACUGCGUAUGCUCGACAAAAAUCCAGAAACAAGGAUAACAGUCCCUGAAAUAAAGGUGCACCCGUGGCUGAGCAGGGGUGGCACGGAGCCACUGCCACUGGAGGAGGAGCACUGCUCCAUGGUGGAGGUCACUGAGGAGGAGGUCAAGAACUCUGUGAAGACCAUCCCCAGCCUGCCAGCUGUGAUCCUAGUGAAGGCCAUGCUGAGGAAACGCUCCUUUGGGAAUCCCUUCGAGGUCCAGACGAGGAGGGAGGAGAGAUCCAUGUCUGCUCCAGGGAACCUGCUGAUGGACAGAUUCCUCUUAAACACAUCUGUAUAUUUGCAUCCAUCUUUAAGAACGCAGGGGAGCAGAGAAGCAGCCAGGGACCCCGAGCUGCCCGACGUGUGCGAAGACGAGGCCACGUCCUGA